AAAAUCAGUAAUCAGCAGUAUAAUGGGUUGUGUUAGAAAGUAAACUAAGGCCCAAUAAAAUAUGUAAGAGUUUAUUUGAGCAGUGAUUCCUGAAUUGGGCAGCUCCAAGCCAGAAGUGACUAGGGAGCUCCACUGAUCUCUCUGUGGAGAAGCUUUCUAGGACAUGAGGAGGAGGCUUUUUAGGAAAACAGGUAAAAGCAAAGAUAAUAUUUCAUUGGUUACAGUUAUAUAGUUGCCUUAUUUGGUCUAUCCCAUGAGGAAGUCCUAGUUAUAUAAUUAUGUUUUUGUUGGCUGCUUCUGAUUGGUUGAGCUUAAGUUCUAUGUUUCUUUAAUAUAGGCAUUUACAAGAAAUAGCACAAAGUUUCAGACAUGCUUGCGAAUCAAGCAAGCACAGAGGAGCGCUUCCUCCUGCUGGGUUUCUCCGACUGGCCCUCCCUGCAGCCGGUCCUCUUCGCCCUUGUCCUCCUCUGCUACCUCCUGACCUUGACCGGCAACUCGGUGCUGGUGCUGCUGACGGUGCGCGACCCGCGCCUGCACACGCCCAUGUACUACUUCCUCUGCCACCUGGCCUUGGUGGACGCGGGCUUCACCACCAGCGUGGUGCCGCCCCUGCUGGCCAACCUGCGCGGACCAGCGCUCUGGCUGCCGCGCAGCCACUGCACGGCCCAGCUGUGCGCAUCGCUGGCUCUGGGUUCGGCCGAGUGCGUCCUCCUGGCGGUGAUGGCGCUGGACCGCGCGGCCGCAGUGUGCCGUCCGCUGCGCUACGCUGGGCUCGCCUCCCCGCGCCUAUGCCGCGCGCUGGCCAGCGCCUCCUGGCUAGGCGGCCUCACCAACUCCGUUGCGCAAACAGCGCUCCUGGCUGAGCGGCCUCUGUGCGGGCCCCGCCUGCUGGACCACUUCAUCUGUGAGCUGCCGGCGUUGCUCAAGCUGGCCUGCGGAGGCGACGGAGACACCACCGAGAACCAGAUGUUCGCCGCCCGUGUGGUCAUCCUGCUGCUGCCGUCUGGCGUCAUCCUGGCCUCCUAUGGUGCCGUGACCCGAGCUGUCUGUUGCAUGCGGUCCAGCGGAGGCCGGAGGAGGGCGGUGGGCACGUGUGGGUCCCACCUGACAGCGGUCUGCCUGUUCUACGGCUCGGCCAUCUACACCUACUUGCAGCCCGCGCAGCGCUACAACCAGGCACGGGGCAAGUUCGUAUCGCUCUUCUACACCGUGGUCACACCCGCUCUCAACCCGCUCAUCUACACCCUCAGGAAUAAGGAAGUGAAGGGGGCGGCGAGGAGGCUGCUGUGGAGUCUGGGGAGAGGUCAGGCUGUACAGUGAGUAGGUUGGGGAGGAGAGAAAGUAUUAAGCCAGAACCCAAGGAUGGAAAUACCCAUUAGUGAGUCAGUUUAGACUUCAGACUCUUCAUUUUUGUAUGAUAAUCUGCAAGAUUUGUCCUAAGGAGUCCAAUGGGGGAAAUGUUUUCCUCCCGUGUGGAAAUGUUUAG